GACUGGCAGGUUUUGGGCUUACCUUACAAGAACAAUGAAGUAUUCAUGUACGUUUUCUUACCGAAAGAAAGAUUUGGACUCACGGAGAAACUGAAAUCGCUAAAUGGUGGUCAAAUGAUGGAUUUGGUUUGCGACUGUGAAAAACGCGAAGUUGAGACUGAAUUACCGAAAUUCAAAAUCGAAGCAAAAUUCGAUUUGGUCGAUACAAUGAAGAAGAUGGGUAUAAAGGACGCAUUCGACGAAAGUUCAGCUAAUUUCUCAGGCAUUAGCAAUACACCACUUUAUAUCUCGAAUCUUAUCCACAAAGCUUUUAUUGAG